GAAAUUAAUUUCUACCCCCGUGUCUUUCCGCACUGCCGUCAAAGUCACCUUCUCUCCUCGCCGACUUUCCUGUUGGUCGUCUCGCCCUGCAUCUUCCUGCAUGUGUGGCGGCGUGGCUCUCAGGGAUGUUCCGAGCAAUCAUCAGCCUCCAUUACUGUGCACCUCCACAUGAAAAGUAGUUCAAGCUACACGCAGCAUUGCACACUAAACCCGCUCCUAACGUGUUUGUUUAUUGAUCCUCUGAAGUUCGACAGGUACACCGUUUGCAUAGUCGAAGCAACGCUUGUUCCGAGUCCGGGCUCAUCGAUCAUAAGCUCCUGGAUACUACCGCGGCCGUUGAUGCCCAAAUACCCGCAUGCAAGGCGCAGCCAAGGAUCCCUUUCGAGAGUAACGUUUCGAUCUUCCGUCCACGCAUGGGUCGAAGUGUUUUCCCCUGGCUUUUUUGUAGAAUACGAGUUAAUUUUGCCCGUUGGACCUCGGACUUUGGCAGCAGACGACAGUGACCAACAUGCGUCCCUCAUCUGCAGCCCGUCUCAGACAUUCACCCUCCAGAAGCUCAAUUGGCCUUCCCAUUUAAUUCGGAAACCCGGGACGGUCAAACCUACCGGCGGUGUCUGUAACCUUUGACACCCUAGCGAGACCAGACGUCACUGUUCCGGGCAACGUCUCGGCUACACCCAAUCAGGUAGCAUCCCCUCGUCGCGUGUCACUCCGCGCACAAAACAACACCAACCCAGGAUGCAACAGAUGUCAUUGUUGCCUGCAAUCAUUCUUCCCAUCGCCCCGCGUAG